AUGAACAACAACAACAACGAUACCAUCACCACUGCAGCCAAGCCGGGCCUCAGUCCUGCAGUAGGCACAGAGGCGGCCCCCUCGGCAGCGCACACGCACCCCUCGGACCCGCCAGAUGCGGCGCCCGCCGCGCGCCGCAGCCGAGCCAGCGCGCGCAACGUCGAGCGCUCCUGCGUCGUGUGCCACCGCCGCAAGGUCCGGUGCGACAAGAAGCUGCCGUGCGCCACGUGCCGCCGCAACGGCGUCCUGUGCUGCUACCCGCCCGGCGACAGGCCGCCCCCGCGGCGGCAGCCCAGGUCCACCAUCGCCGACAUCGCGGCGCGGCUCGUGCAGCUCGAGAAGACGCUCGUGGCCAUCUCGGGCGAUCCGCCGCUGCCGCUGCCGCCGGCGGCGGCGCAGCGCGAGCGCAGGGCUUCGGCGGCUGGUCGCCAGGCAGGCGCCGGGGAUGCACCGAGGCGGCUAGUACGCGCAGAGUCGGAGGGUGCCGGCUCGUCUGACGGGGAUGAGCCGUCAUCAUCAAGCAUGGCGUCAAGGGAUGAGAUUCUGGUCGAGCAUGGGGCUUCGAGCAGGUACAUCAAUGAGGUCUUGCUGUCUCGCAUGCUUGAAGAGGUCUCUUUUCAAAAGGAGGAGGAACUGCAGUCUGCAAUGGCAUCACCCGGCAAUAAUGAAGCGGGCGAUCUGAAGACCGCUUCUGUUCAGCCGUUUAGUAUCGGGGGCCUGCUGCCCGGUUCCUUCGCCGCGCGGAUGGAUUUGCGGGAGCUCUAUCCUUCGCCAUUCCGAGGGAUGCAGCUGUGGAACUUCUAUGUCAGUAAUGUCGACUCCAUCAGCAAGAUCCUGCACAUACCCACGGCCCAGGUGGAGGUGUAUACCGCUAUCAGCAACCAGUACGACACCACGCCCGAGAUGCACUGCCUGCUGUUUUCCGUAUUCUUUGCGGCCACCGUAGCCAUGGACCCAGAGGAUGUGCUGCAUAUGCUCGGGCAUGAUAAAGUCACCGCCUUCAACAAUUUCAAACAGGGGCUCGAACUGUCGCUGUCUCGGGCGGAUUUCCUGGAAGCGCCGACUGUAAAGUCGAUACAAGCCUUUGCACUGUUUCUCAAAAUGUACCGGUCUAUCAACAGCGGCCGCGCCGUCUGGAUCCUAUCGGGCGUCGCCCUCCGCGCCGCAAAGUCCAUCGGCCUCCACCGCGACGGCACAAAGUUCGGCAUGCCGCCGUUCGAGUGCGAGAUGCGUCGCCGCCUCUUCUGGUUCGUCAACUCGCUCGACGCCCGCGCCAUCGAGGACUUUGGCCUCGUCGUCGCCAAGGACCUCGACCGCAACACCGACGUCGAGCUGCCCAUCAACGUCGGUGACGCCGCCCUGCAGCCCGGCAUGGCGGAGCUCCCGCAGCCGGUCGCAGGCUGGACCGAGAUCUCCCUCUCGCUGAGCAUGUACCACGUCGGCAUCGUCAUGCGCCGCCUGCAGCAGAUGAUGACGGGCUGCCGCCCCGGCUCCGCCGCGGAUGACCAGGGUGGCGGCAGCAAGGGCGGGCAAGCCGCCGUCGAGGACGACGAGGAGCAGUCCCGCCGGCGGCUCGUCGACGGCCUGCGCGCCCGCGUCGACGCCAUGUUCCGCGACUGCAGCGCCGUCGUGCCGCAGCAGCGCACGGCGCGACUCGUGGCGCAGAUCGUCGUGCGCAAGCUCGACUUCGUCAGCCGUCAGCAGGUGCGCUGCUCGACGGCCUCGCCCACCACGCACCGCCGGCGGCGGCGGCAGCCCGAGUGCACCGACGAGAGCCUCGCCGCGGCGGCGGGGGUGCUCGAGCUCAACUGGGAGCUGGCGCGCGACGAGAUGCUGCGGGCCGCGCGCUGGACGAGCGAGGCGUUCCCGCAGUACGACGUGCUGCUGUACGUGCUGUGGACGCUGAGCCUGCGGCCGCGGGGCGCCGUGGCCGAGCGCGCGUGGGCCGCCGUGGACGGCGCGUUCGCGCAGGAACGGAGCCGGCGGGAGCGGCAGCAGGUGCAGACUGCUUCUGGGGUCAAGUGGAGCGUCAUCAAGGCGAUGAGGGACAGGGCCUUGAUCCGGCGGGAGGAGGCGGAGAAGGGCACGGCAGCGGCCGAGACUCCUGUCGUCAAGACAAGCGGGUCAGGGUCGGUGGUUGGUGCUGGUGAGGAAGGUGCUGUGGAUGGUCAUCCGGACUUGUUCCCGGCCGAGCUCACUUCUGAUGGUCAUAUAGACAUCGCGCCGUGGUGCAAUAGCUUUAUGGACUGGGCCUCUCUUCUCGAGGACUUCAGCGGGCAGGACCUGGACUUCCAAUGA